AUGGCGUCCACGUCGACCUCGGAGCUGCGCAAGGCGCUGUCCAAGUACGCGUUGCCGAGCGCGAGCGAGCUGCGCCACCUGCGCGCGGCGGACCCGACGACCUCGUACCGCGCGUCCUUCUUCCGCCUGCAGAUCGACGAGCUGCUGGCCGCCGCGGGCCGCAAACCCGGCGCCAAGGCGGCGGCGGCGCUGCAGACGCUGCUGUUCCAGGUCAAGGAGGUCCUGCAGGGCCUGCAGGAGCAGCAGGUCACGCAGGACGCGCUGCAGGCGCGCGGCCUGCGCGUGCGCAACCACGUGAAGCGCAAGGAGAUCGUGCUGCCCUUCCAGUGGCCGGCGCGCCUGGACGUCGUGGGCAGCUACAUCCUGCAGACCAUGGCGUACGCGUCCAAGAAGGGCGCGGCCGAGUACGGCGUGCUGACGGUGGACCUGGCGGUGGAGAUGCCGAGCGGGUGCUUCCUGCCCAAGGACUUCGGCAACUACAGGUACCAGGACAAGCGCAACCUGUACCUCGGCGUCCUGGUCUCGGAGCUGCAGAGCCACACAGAGCUGUUCCAGGACGUGACGCUGCAGCCGUGGCACGGAGACUACGAGAAGCCCGUGGCCAUGCUCAAGGUGAACCCGCAGUUCCUGAGCGAGCACGGAGCCAAAGGAGUCAAGGUCUGCGUGCGCGUCAUCCCCGUGGUGACCGCGGAGCUCUUCAAGCUGGCCAAGCUGGCGCCGUCGAGGAGCAACGUCAAGCACGAGCCUAAUAUGACGGAGGAGGAGAUGAAGCAGUGCCGCACCCCCAUGUACAAUAACGCCAUCCUGGAGGACAUGAUGGUGCGCCAGCACACGCGCGAGCUGCACGCCGCGCUGAAGGAGGCCCCGCAGUUCGCCGAGGCCUGCAUUCUCGCCAAGGUCUGGAUCAGACAGAGAGGCUUCCACAAGGCCAUGGACUCGGUCAACGACUUCCUGGUGUCCAUGCUGCUGCUGUACUUGUACCAGAAGAAGCGGAUCAGCGCGCAGACCCCGUCCGACCAGAUGUUCAAGGUGCUGGUGCAGUUCAUCGCGGUGCACAACGUGGAGAAGGAGCCGCUGCAGUUCCCGCCCGCGGAGGGCGGCGUCGUGCUGACGACCGAGGGCAUGGAGACGUUCCGCCAGUCGUUCGAGCUCGUGUUCCUGGACUCGUCCGGGCGGCUGAACCUGUUCGGACGCGUGUCGCGCAGCGCGUGGAAGGAGCUCCAGAACGCCGCGGAGGAGUCGGUGAAGCUCGUUCAGCACUGCUCGAUGGACGCCUUCCGCUCGCUGUUUAUCAAGAAGAACGAGUUCUGGACGCGGUACGACCAGUACUACUGGUUCCCCGCCCCUGCUCCCGUGGACGACGCUGAUGAGGACACUUACACGGUGGAAGAGAAGCGCGCGAUCAAUGACAUGGGGCUGGAGCGCUUCUGGCUGCACAAGCUCGAGUCGGUGCUCUCGAAGGCGUUGACGGACCGUGUUACGCUGGUGCGACCUAUUCUCGAGGACGGCGUUGAGUGGGGUAUGCAGGACAGCUCGCUCCCGCAGCAGCGCAAGGUGGCGGUUGGACUGCGCAUUAACUCGGACAACGCGUCGCGGAUCGUUGACAAGGGUCCGUCUGCGGACGACAAGGUGGCCAGCACCCAGUUCCGUCAGUUCUGGUGUGGCAAGUCCGAAUUGCGUCGCUUCAGGGACGGCGCUAUCAUUGAGGCUGUGGUUUGGGACGGCAUCAGCCCCGAAAACCGCCACCGUGUGCUGGAUGCCAUUGUCAACUUCAUAGUGCCAGCUCACUGCCCGCAUCUUACCUCGUCGCAGAUUAAGACUUCCAACGCUGCGCUGUACUCCGCGCUGGAUGUCGAGGAGCCUGCUGGAGCAAAGAAGGUUAAGGGCUCAAACGCUUCGUUCGAGUCGACCAUGAACUCGGUUUCCAAGCUGUGGGUAAUCUUCAACAACUUCGCCAAGACCCUGCGCGACUUGGACUCGCUGCCUCUGAAGGUCUCCGAUGUGCUGCCGGUGCACCCGGCGUUCCGCUACACGAGCCUCUUCCCGGUUCAGCCGCACCCGUUGGCUUACUCCAAGGGCGAGAAGAUGGAUGCCGCCCCGAUGGCCCAUGUGAACACUGUGCUGGAGCCGUUGAUGCUGCACUUGAAGUUCGAGCGCUCGUCGGCCUGGCCGAAUGAGAAGAAGGCCCUGAUGCACGCCAAGACCGGUUUCUACGUGCACAUCGGCCACGAGCUGCGGUCGCGCCUUAACCUCCGCUGCGAGGUGGCCAAGGACUGCGUGGAUGUGUUCGUCAGCGGCUACGUGUUCCGCCUCGUGAUUCGCAGUGAGAAGGAGCUCAGUGUCGUGACCGGUGCUGCUGGAGUGAAGAAGCUCGCUAUCGUCCACUCGCCUGAGUAUGUGAUGGCCAAGCGCGAGGCCGACUACCUCUCCAAGCACUCGAGCACAGUCCACGCGCUGCACACGAAGAACACGUCGUUCGGCCCCACCAUUCGGCUGGUGCAGAGAUGGCUGGCUGACAAGGCGCUGAGCAAUGUGCUGCCGGUUGAGGCAGUGGAGCUCAUCGUGGCCGAAGUGUUCCUUACCACGGCGUCCACGUCUACUCCUCGCUCCGUGCUGUCCAGCUUCCUCCGCUUCCUGAAGCGUGUGGCGAGCUUUGACUGGCAAAACGUCCCGUUCAUCGUGGACCUGAACAGCUCCUUGGACGACGACAAGCGACGCGAGAUCCUGAAGCGGUUCGAAGCGUCUAGCACAAGCCCAGCCACGCACCCCGCAAUGUUUAUCGCCGCAGACUACGAGGACAUGGACUGUUUGUCAAGCUGGACGCGCUUCACGCCGGACAAGGUCGUGGUGCAGCGGUUGAUUUCUCUUGCGCAGGUUUCGUACGAUGUGCUCGUCUCCUGGCUCGCGUCAGGUGCUUCCUCUUCUGGCUGGAAGGUCGCCUUCGCCUCGUCGAGGAUGGAGUUCGACGCCAUGCUGCAGCUCGCUACGGAGAACCUCCCGACCAAGCGCAUCCGUGUCGAGGGCGACAAGAAGCACCCGUUCGUUGCGCCAGUCUACAAGAACAUGGACCUGACGACGGUCCCGGUCAUGAUCGGCUUCGACCCCGUGCACGAGCUGCUCCAGGAUCUGCAGCGUGCGUUCGGCCACCUCGCCUUCUUCUUCGUCAACGGCGUCGACACGACCGAGAUCCUCAUCACGUGGAAGCCGCAGGCCUUCUUGCCCGCCAAGUUCCGCGCCAUCACGUCCAGGUACCAGAUCCCUCUCCCCAACACCGACGCAGCGGAGGACGACGACUCGACCCGCAGCUACGCCGUCCCCAACAUCUUUGAGAUCCUGUCGGACAUGCAGAGCAUCAGCCACGGCAUGGUCGUGGGCGUCGCUCUGCAGCCGUUCGAGAGCUCAUAG